GUUGUUGUUGUGUUGUGGUAAUCGCCGAUCAGUGGUGGUUAUCAGCAAAGGAAGAUUUUUUUUAGUUGCCCAAUGACAGGGAAACAGGUUGUAGAGAUUGUUGACCUAUCUCCUUUCACAGAUGGACUCGAAAGAAGUGAGCAAAGCAAAGAAGAAGUACUGAGAGCAUGGGAUAGGGCGUUCAGCACCCUUGGAUUUGCAGUGAUAACAGGCCACGGUGUUCCUCUCGAAGCUAUUGCGGACAUUCAGAAAAAUGCCAGAAACUUUUUUGGUCAGGAAAUGAAAGUUAAGAUGAGGAGCUGUUUAAAGAGUGGAUAUGGAAAGGGAGGUUUCCUGCCGAUGGGAGGAGAGAGUGUUUCAAGGUCAAGGGAUUCUCAAGACGAGAAGCCUCCAGAUAUUGUGGAGAGCUUGUGCUUUCUACAGGAUGGAACUGGAAAUGACGUCAUUCCAGAUACUCCCGUUACAAUGAAAGACUCUGUGCAAAGGUACUGCAAGCAUAUGCAAAAGCUUUUAUCAGUUGUCAUGGAGAUAUCUGCUUUGGCACUUGGACUGAAAAGAAAUUUUUUUGUGCCAUUUUUUUCCAGCCCCCAAAAUGGUUUUCGCCUUGCUUACUAUCCUGCCCAAGAAAAUGAAAAGCCAAAACCAAAUCAGAUACGCUAUGGGGCCCAUACAGAUUAUACUGGUUUUACGUUACUGAGACCAGAUGACCAAGUUGGAGGGUUGGAAAUUUUAUUGCCAAACACCUUAAAAUGGAUCCCUGUUGACAUUACUGAGAAUUGCUACAUUGUUAAUGCUGGUGAUCUUAUUCAACAAUGGACAAAUGACCAUUGGAUAUCAAAUCUCCACAGGGUCAUCAAUCCACCCCCAGAAUUAUGCCACAAGUCCAGACUUUCUGUUGUCUACUUCACAGGACCAAACAAAGAUGCCCAAAUUGAACCCAUUCCUGAAUGCUGCUCUGCAGAAAAUCCACCAAAAUAUGAUCCUGUUAAUGCAGGAGAAUUCCUUGAUGCAAAGCUUGCUAGUACAAGUCUGUAGCACAAGUUUCUUUCAUUAUCAAACUGCAAAUGGAAUAUUAUUGGCAAAUAGGGUAUGUGUUAUUGUAUCAUUCAUUUAGAUUUUAUUGUAACUCAGAUUUGAUAUUGAAAAUUACCAGGCAAAAUGCUUUUAAAAUUUGCAGCA